AUGAGACCCAAGGAUGGGUUGGACGCGAAGAUCCAGACGGGGACCUUCAUCCUGUCUGAGAAGAUAGACGACACUAAAACGAAGAAGAGCGAAAAGGAACUGAAGAAGGAAAUGAAGAAGCUGGAGAAAGAGAAACAGGAACAAGAGAAGAAGGAGAAGAAGGCGAGGGAGAAGGAAAAGGAGCGGGAGAGGCAAGCGAAGAGAGGUAAGGUGGUGUGCGGCGCGUGCGGCGGCAAGUGUAGCGGGGAGGACCUGCUCCGCCUCGCUCGCUCGAGGAGGGUUCUUCUGCAAGGACGGACACUACUACUGCCCCCAGGACUACCAGCGAGCGUUCGGCACGAGGUGCGCCGCCUGCAACCAGUACGUGGAGGGCGAGGUGGUCUCCGCUCUCGGGAACACAUACCAUCAGAAGUGUUUCACGUGCGCCAGAUGCAAACGAGCGUUCCCGUCCGGAGAGAAGGUGACGUACACGGGCAGCGAGGUGGUGUGCGCCUCCUGCUCGGCCGGCCCGCAGAAGGCGACGGCACGCGCCGCGCGCUCCCCGCCCGCCUCGCCCUCCCCCCCUCCCCCGCCUCGCCCGCCUCGCCCGUCAACAACCACGUCAGGGACAGAGAACCAGACCCCAAUGAGUGCGCGGGCUGCGGCCAGGAGCUGAGCGAGGGCCAGGCGCUGGCCGCCCUGGACCGUCAGUGGCACCCGGCGUGCUUCGCGUGCGGCGAGUGCGGCGCCGCGCUGCCCGGCGAGUACAUGGGGCGGGACGGCGUGCCCUACUGCGAGCGGGACUACCAGCGGCUGUACGGCGUGCGCUGCGCCUACUGCCGCCGGUACAUCGCGGGCAAGGUGCUGCAGGCCGGCGACAACCACCACUUCCACCCCACUUGCGCGCGCUGCACCAAGUGCGGGGACCCCUUCGGGGACGGCGAGGAGAUGUUCCUGCAGGGCGCCGCCAUCUGGCACCCGCGCUGUGGGCCCGCGCCGCACGCGCCGCUCACACCCGCCGACAUGGAGCGGGCCUCCUCCGAGCUGCAGUUCAGUCUCCGCUCGCGCACACCCAGCGUCAACGGCUCCUACUGCAGUCCCUACAGUAGCUUGACCAGAAAGUACGGGUACCGCGCCGUGUCCCCGGGGCUGACCCUGCGCGAGUACCGCUCCAGCGAGGGCUCCCCGCACCGCAUCACCACGUACUCGUAUCUGGCGUCCGAGCCGUCCACGCUCCGCCGCUGCGUGCAGCCCUCGGACCGCCCCCCCGCCUCGCCUCACUUCCACCGCCCCCCCUCCGCGGGCGGCACGCGCUCCUCGUCCCGCGCCGCCUCUAAGGCGUCCUCCCGGCCCGGGAUGCGCGCGCUCGUGGACUCCAUCCGCAGUGAGACCCCCCGCCCGCGCUCGCCCCACCUCAACAACGAGGAGCCCAUCGAGCUGGCGGUGUACCCCGCCGCCUACAAGCCGCCGCCCGGCACGCUGCCCAAGAUAGAGAGGGACGACUUCCCCGCGCCGCCCUACCCCAUACACUGA